AUGGCUUAUGGUUUUGAGCCAGUCUAUGAACGAUUUAGGAAGCAAGCCCCACCUAGCUUCAAACGGAAAACCGACCCUAUGGUGGGAGAAGAUCGAUUGAAGUUUGUAGAAGCUAUCUUCGACCACAUGGAGCUGAACGACCAUCAAAGGGUUUUGUGUGCAACCAACCUACUCAAAAUGGAUGCAAGGAUAAGGUGGGAUGUGGUAAAGCAAACUCGUGACCUAAACACUAUGACCUGGGCAGAUUUUGUUCAAGCAUUUAGCAAAAAGUAUUAUAAUGCAGCUAUAUUGGAUACCAGGGUGGAUGAGUUUGUGACCUUGGUUAAAGGAAACCUUUAUGUUACUGAUUAUGCUCAGAAGUAUGAUAGAUUGGAGAGUUUUUCACUUAAAAUAUUACCAACUGAGGCCAUGCAAGUCCAGAGGUUUAUGAGAAUACUUAAGCGUAAGAAUGCUAGAUAUUUCAAGAGGAACAGUGCUGAGGUGGUUAGUUAG